AUGACAUUCGCAAUCCCACCAGAUGACUCUUUCAGAACAGUUACCACCAAAGGCAAGGCCAACGACGGAAGUGCGUGCUCUUUCCAUCUCAGCCGUACCGGUGGUGAACGAAUUGUUAUGCUUAAGUCAGUCUCGCGACGAAAGCGGAUACACGCUGGCCCUUUCGCCAAACAUGUGCCGUAUUCCGCGGAACAAGCUGCUGUUGAUCGUCGACAGUCGGCGAUCGAUCAUCGGAAAAACAUGCGGCUGCCCGUAUUGUUGCUGUGUGUGCCCACACUGCUGAUGACCGUUGUUAGCUGUACAAAAGUGUCCUGGCCAGCCCUGGAAGCAUCGGAUGAGUAUUUCGCUCCGCUCAUGCAAUCAUUUUCCAAAUUUCCCUUUCACGACAUCUACGAGACGGCUCCGCUGCCGUCGGAUCUGAUGGUGCCGGGAUCACGCUUGCUCAAGAUCAAACCGGCGAUGCGCGGCGAAUGGACUCGGAAGACGGCCAAGGACUUGGACGAUGAUGGCCCCCACGAUGAGCGGACCUGUCGGUUGUGCGAUCUGCUGUCGACGAUUUUGGGUGGAAGUGCAAGCGAAACACGACGCAAUGCUUCCAAGAAGCGAAUUCGGCCGGCCAAGCUGCGGAAGCUCAUGAAGCAUUGUAGGAAGAAUUGA